UUAUACCAUUUUAAGAAGACUUUCAAACAUGAAAGGUAUUCAGGUCUCAAUUUUUUUCGGCUUCAUUCUCUUUGCUUCUGGACAGAGAUUUAUAAUUAAAGACAAUAAUGGGCUGCCAACACUAGCCGUUGAUUUAUUAAGUACAGCAAAUAAACUUUACGCUGAUGAAUGCAAUAAUGGCGAUUAUGAGUUAUCCAUAUGGGAGACUAAUGUAACUCUGCCCGAAUAUAUAGUUGGACAAAGAGCUCAAGAUGAUUUAGGUCCAAUGAGAGGCUAUAUUCCACAUGUUCAAGAUAUCACCAGAAAUGCAAGUAAUAUUGCUUUAGUUGAGCCAGAAAGUUUCUUAGAAUUAUGGAACAAUACUGGUAGCUCUAGUUGCACUAGAUUCUCUGUUUGGCGUCUAAACUGCCCUAAUGGAUUUCGGGCACUCGGCGACAUUGCAACCUUCUGUGAGCCUAAUGAGCCAUGUACCUUACCAGCACCGGACAGUUAUAAAAGUAAAUUAAGGUGUGUUAGACAAGAUCUGUUAGAAACCUGCAGCUUUGAUGAUGAUGAUAUUUGGAGUACUGAUGGAGACUCAGUUGCUACACCUGCUUCCCUCUGGCGUACAUCGGGCGACCUGGGUAUUGGUGGUUUAUAUCAUAUGAAUGAGAAGUCAGCUACUGAAAAACCUCUAAACGGAGUUUGUUACUGUUUGAAAAGAUUAGAUCCCGAAAUAGUUUAAUCAAAGUCUACAAGUUAACUUGUACUUAAAAAAAAGGAAAAAUGUUAAACUGAGAUAAAAAUUCCGUUCAUUUCUCCAAUAAAUGAAAUUCCUACCGUGUAUAUCAAGUAUAUUGAAAUAGAAACGAUAAUGUCUUGAAACUCUAUAGAAAACUCAUCAUUUAUUGCUUUUAAAACAAGAAAAAUUAGAUUAGAUAAUUAUAGUUUAAAUUGUAGCAAUUCUAUUUAUGGAUGUAUCUAGAUUGAACUAGCAUGUUAAGUCCUACUUUCUUCUUUACAGAUAAUCAAUUAUAAUUAAAUUAUCAUUUUUAUUACCCGAUUAAUUAGUAAAUACGGCUGUUAACUUAAUGUUUUAUUAGCGGUUUUUUUGACAUACUAUUGAUGUUUGAUAUCAUUAAAUAGAAUAGGAAUUUUUCAAAUAUCAUAGUCCUAAAUCUUUAUCCUAAAAAUGCUGGCCAAAGUCUAUUUAUUAUGUAGAUUUAUAUUCUUUAUUAUGUUACUUUCAUUAACUUUGCAUAAGCUACAAACGAAAAAACUUGUACGAACCUGGAUAACUAAAAUAUUCUUCUUUUACUUCUCCUUCAACAGUUUAUAGUGUGAAAACAUUUUAUUACAUUAAAUAUCUCCCUUCCUCUCCUGGAAGAAAAAUAAUGUAUGUUGUAAUUAUUGAGAUUCUUGAAAUUCUUUUCUAUUUA